CCAAUAUUGAACAUACAGCCAGAUUUCAAAACCUGGUGUCCUUUUAUAGGACUGUUUUUAAAUUUUCCAUUUGGUUGCUUGUUGUCACUUUUUGGCGCUUGUUUCUAAAUUUUGAAGUUAUUAAAGAGCAUGUAAAACGAUACAGAUUUAAAUGUAUAGUAAAUCCUGAACGACAUGUGAAAGAAUACAAAAUUUCUAUGGCUAGUUGUAGUGAGAUGCCCGACAAUUUUAACAUGUAAGAUUACAAGCCAGUAAAAAUCUUGGAGAUAUAGUCAACGCUGAGAUAAAAAAAGCACUUCAAUCCCGAUGCACACAACCCAAUAUACAAGUCUACGUUGUUGGCCUGAUAAAUGUACACCCCAAAUUGCAUAACAAAUCCUCAGCUCUUAAAUCACACCCUUAUGGUCUAAAUGUUUACCUGUACUUUGGCCGGUAAAAAAAAAAUCUUAAAAAGAAAUGGCGAAUGUAAUUUAUAAUACAGGUCUUUUUGAGGGCACCUCCUCAAUUUAUUUGUUUGUUUUCUCUUUUAUGAAAUUAAAAUAUUUGAAACAGUAUUCUUCGCCCAUAUAAGAAAAAAAAUCCUAAACAUAAGGCAUGCAGAAUGUUUACACGGAUUUUUGCAAACACGGUUCACAUCAGGAAUAGAACAGGCUGCUGUAUAGUCGGUAAAUGUGUCAUGUAAGAGAUGAUGUUUUACCACAAUGAUAUUCACGAACUUAGUUGUGAAACACACAUCAUUGGCCGUUGCUAACAAGUUUUAAGAUUUGUGAAUUAAUCCAGUCGCAUCAUUUGGUAAGACUGCGUCUGUAAAACACAUUUUAACCCUAUGUGGAUCAUUAAGUCUGCUUGUCGUUGCUUUAAUUCAGCUCCGUCAAGCAAAUCCACCGCCACGGUUGGCCCUCCUACAACAACAACAACAGCCGCUCCAAACCAAAACAGAAAUGUACAGAACGAUUGUAAUGCCUUAACAGUCGGGCUCGCAGUAGGAUUCGGGGAAGCUCUUUGUAUCACGGUGAUCGCUGCUCUUGCUGUUCUUUGUCGGAAACAUUGGGGCUUGAAAGCAAGGGAAGCAUGCAAGCUUCAAGGCUCUGUGUUGCAAAAUAUGAAUUCAAAUGACAACCUAUCAGCUGCUGAAACCGGACAUUCUUAUGAGAAUGUUGAGAGUUCUCCAUCACUGGAAGAAAGCAGACAAAGUAGACGAACUGGCCCGAGAGUUGAAAUUGAAAUGGACAUAAACGAGACUGAUGUACAACCAGUCGGUGAUUUCCCAGCAUAUGAAGGCGUUAAUGCGCCAUCAUAGUCACCUAAUGACAAUGACAAUAGUGGACUGUACGAAUCUGCUAAUACACGUGGCACGUCAGGGGCCAGACUUUACACAACUCUGAGGCAAACUUAGCGUCUCAUUAAAAGUGAGCGAGGCGUUACCCUGGUCGUCCCUGGAUACAUGUAGCACUGUACAGAGAAUGUAGCAUUCACAAUACAAUUGUGAACGGAAGAUGUACUAACACAAUAGUGUUGUUCUCUACGUAAUUUAUUGAUACUCAUCUCUGUUUGUAGUAUAAGUUGCUGUCAACCUGUCAAGAGUUGACUGCAGUAUUUAUCUCCUUUGCCUGCGAAAGGGGCAUAUUAGAUGAUAUGAACAUAUUGACUGAUUUUAACAUGUUUUACCCUUCGUAACAGUUGUCCGUCACGUUAAUUUUAAUAAUGUCCUCUGACAUUUAGAGAAGAAUUUAAGUUUACGGCUGUAUCAUUUUAGAAUUUUAGCUUCGUCACAUGAUAUCUUAAAUUCUACAUAUCUAACGACUUGUAGAAAAGGCCUGUGUUUCAUUUAAACCACAUCCAACGGUAUAUUUUAGGUGGCUGCACACGAGAUUAUCUUCCAUUGAAAAGGAUAUGGCAACAAUGGAACAUCAUUUUCUUUUAAUAUAUGGUUAAACGCUCUUAAUAUUAACUGUGAAACGUCUGUAUCUUUUGAGACUGUUAGGCCCCUAUGUAUAAAAGGGUGUUUGAACGACACAGGUGCAGGACAAGAUCUUUUCACCGUUAUAUACUGAAACCACGGGUGGUACAUAAAGCUUGGUAGUUAUACUACGAAGACUGUACACUGCACAUAGAGUAUUUUUUCAUAAUAUCCACGACAAGCUAAAUUGUUUUCCAGUUAUUCUGGUGCCAUUUAUAUGUACUACAGCAUUUCAAAAGCGUACAUAAACAUACACUUGUCUAACAUUCGUUCCUAUACGUGCUUAUUAUGUGUAAAUCUAGUACUAAAUGGUUACUUUAACCAUAACAGCCUUAACUGGCGUAAAUAUGAUACCAGAGGUAUUGUGUAGUACAUUAUAUAUUGGGUAAUAAAAUACAGACGUCGGAGGUUAGGUCAAAAAGUUUGGAAGGCGUAUGAUAAUAGGACUGAGAACAAAAUCAACAUAUAGAUAAGCAUGUCCCUACAUAGGCAUAAAGCCUUACUAGUUUACAACGCAAACAACAGCUCACGUCACAUUUGAACGGUUCAUUUGAUUACGAAAGAUGUAAUCUGUACACUUCAACAAGUUGUAGUCUUGUCCCCUUAAUAAACCACACUGCAUUUGUUAAGCAACAAUGGUGAACAUUCUAUCGCUUUCUCAAAAAACCAAAACACUUUGAAUACGGUAGGGAGACUUUACACAGGCAGGAAAAGGUGGCUAACGUAGAAAGAACGACAAUGCCUACCCUCCCAAGACGAUGGGGCAGUGUACUGACUUUACGGGGUUUAUGGUUAACCCUCACGGCUAUAUCCGUCAGAGGUGUGAUGACUGAACAAUGUGGAACAAACUCACUUUGUGGCUAUGGAACUAGAUGUGAGACUAAGACGAGUCAGUGUGUAUGUUUGUCUGACAACGGCAACUUGAGGGAAAGGCAGGGCAAUCAUCACUCUGAAUUUUACUGUUUGGAAAACGAUUUACAGAAAUUCAUCAUAGUUUUGGCAACAGGAGCGGGAGGGGCGAUGACUUUAGUGGUUGUUAUGGUUGUUGUCCUUGUUUGGAAACAUCGAAGCUUGAGGGCUGUGGUAGGACGCGCAUAUCAAUGCGAUGUUCUGGUAAACAAGCACUCCCAUGACAACGCAUCAGCUGUUGGAUCAUGUCAUUCUAAUAAGAAUGUCGUGAAUUUGUCAUUACCUGGAGAGAAAACACCCAGCAGCCGAGAUGGUGCCAGAGAUGAUAUGCCCAGUGUUGAUGUCCCCGCACAUGAGCAUCAACACACCAACGAAUGCAUCAGUGUUCCUUUACAGCCACCUCAUAACAAAGGCACUAGCGCACUGUACGAAUCUGCUGAUACACCGGCCCCUCAGAGGUCUGAAUGUACACUUCUGUGAGCCAAACAACGCAUCACUGUAAAGAAAACGCAGCGUAUACAGCUAAGUGCAGAGCAAACCCACAAUAAUGUUGUUCGUCUAUAUAGCGAAAGGAUACCUCGACUCGUAGCGUAUGGAAGAUCUUAAGUCUCGAUUCCGCUCAAUGUCACACUUCAUUACUACAGAUACUAGUGCAUAUAGAACAUUUCAUUAAAAGCAUGCUCUCCAAAUUUCUGAAAUAAUAUUUAAGUGCAAUUUGCUUGUAGGUAAGCGUGAAUUCUGGCGAUCUGGCGGAGUGAACGGUAAUUAAGAACAUUGUAUACAUGAUUUUGGAAUGUAAAACAUUUAAUAAUUUGAAUAUAGAAUCAGGAAAUAUAAAACAGCUUAACUUCUUCGUCAUUAGGAUAUAAACACAUUUAUGUAAUUGCAGAGAGCCCUAGCAUUCAUUUAGUUACAAAUGAAAUGUUGUAAUACGUGUAUCAAAGCCUUGGAGAAGACACAUGUAGUAUCUGUUGCUUACCUUCAUGCCAUAGAUGUAGAAGGUACGUUCAUUAACCCUUUUCUCAACAUUUAACGAGAUCAUCUACCCGUUUGCGCACAUAUAGGUCGUAUAUGUAAUGUACACGAUGUUUUGCAAAUGCAUUGAUGUUGUACCUUAAAUGUGAAUAAAGCACA